AUGGUAAAGCAUGAGACGCGUGCUCGUGCCGGGUGCGGUGUGACGUCAGCGGCCGUUGACCCGCUCUGGUCCCCAUCCAACAGAUCGAAAAAGGGUAAGGAUGCUACAACUCGUCUACAUGAGUUACUGGAUGAUUUCCUGUUCCACCGAGCACACGAGGAAAAUCCCAAAGGCAUACAUAAAGUAGUUCCGAUAUUUGGUGACAUGGAAUCACCGGGACUUGGAUUAUGCGAUGAUGACAGAAAGACUCUCAUUUCCAAGGUUUCCAUUAUAAUAAAUGCAGCUGCCACUGUCAAGUUUGACGAGAAGCUAUCAAUAGCUACUGGAAUCAACGUCAAAGGGACCAAAGAGGUGAUCAAAUUAGCGAAAGAGUGUCGCAAUUUAAAGGCACUUACACACGUCUCGACGGCUUUCUCUAAUACACACGUAAAGCAUAUAGAGGAGAAAUUCUACGAGCCUGCAAUGGCAGUAGAGGCCCUAGAAGCAGUUUCUCAAUUAGAUGAGGGAUUAAUAGAUGAAAUUCUCCCUACGCUUUUGGGCAAAUAUCCUAACACCUAUUGUUUCACAAAAGCCAUCGCAGAGGAAGCAGUCAGGAAAUACGGCGAGGGAAUGCCCAUCUGUAUUGUCAGACCUUCUAUAGUUGUGUCUACAUAUGAAGAGCCCGUUCGCGGCUGGACUGACAGCGUGUACGGGCCCACUGGACUCGUUAUCGGCAUCGGUACCGGUGUCAUCCGUACGAUGUAUAUGGAGGUGGACAAGGUCGCGGACAUGGUGCCUGUAGAUCUGGCGGUCAACGCCAUACUGGCAUCCACUUGGCACACGGCGAAACACUUUAAAGAGAACCAAACAUCUGACAUACCUAUAUACAAUUACGUGUCGGGCGCACAGAAUCCCAUAACUUGGGGCAGAUUCAUCGAGCUGAACAGGAAAAACGGUAUGGACAAGCCCACAAUGAAAGCGGUUUGGUACUACGGACUGAACCCGACAAGCAAUUACUAUCUGUUUUUGUUGUUAAAUUUCUUCCUGCAUUACAUUCCGGCGUUGCUUAUGGACACGUACAGCGCUUUGACGUGUCGGCGGAGGGGAACGCUAAAGCUGUACAAGCGCGUGAUGAAGAUGUCCAACAUACUGUUCUACUUCUCGACACAAGACUGGCAGUUUACCGAUACCAACGUAAGAGAGAUGUGGAGGUCGCUUUCGGGACCAGACAGAGCUGUGUUUCCUUUCAACAUCGGCGACAUGUCCUGGGAAUAUAUGACGGAGACCUUUUUGAUUGGAAUUCGUGUAUAUCUGGUGAAAGACGAUGUAUCAACUCUUCCUGAAGCAAGGAAAAAGUGGAAUAGAUUGUACUACAUGCACCAGCUCGUAAAAUUGACAACUGGCGUCUUUGCGCUCUUUUUAGGAUAUUUGUUCUUAAAGUUCUUAUCUUGGCUUAUUUUAGGUUCA